AUGGCAAAACGAAAGAGAGACGAUGCCGGUCACAAGCAGGAGGCGACUAGGAAAGCUCUCAAGGCAGAUGUCAAUGAAAAUGGCAAUGCCAACUCCCAGAAGCAGGACUGUGCGUCAGAACAACAGAUACGGACACCAAACGCGGUCACUAUCCAGAUUAUCACUGGAUCAUACGAACGGAUCUUGCACGGGAUAACUGCUACCGUUUUCGAACCAUCUACUGACGACGAGCCAACUCAGUCAGUUCAGUUCGUCGACAACUUCCUGUUCCAAGCUCAUGCCUCUGCCAUCAAAUGUCUAGCCUUGGGGCCCCUACCAGAGCAAAACCACCAGCAAUCGGACGGACUGCAGAAAGUCAUGCUGGCCAGCGGUGGCACCGAUGAACGCGUCAAUCUAUACACUUUAUCGGCAUCCUCGCCUCCAGCAUCGGACAGCACCAAGUUCCCCACAAUCCCGACGUUGGCAGGAAACAAAAUCCUCGAAAACCCCAAGAAUCGGGAGUUGGGCUCCCUACUCCACCAUUCCUCUGCCAUCACAGCUCUGUAUUUCCCUUCGCGCUCCAAGUUGCUUUCAGCCGCUGAGGAUAAUACAAUAGCAGUCACCAGAACUAGGGACUGGUUAGUGGUUUCGACGAUAAAAGUGCCCCGGCCAAAGGUCCAAGGAAGACCCAGCGGGGACACUGCGCCUCCCGGUGGUGCUCCUGCGGGCGUGAAUGAUUUCGCGGUGCAUCCUAGCAUGAAACUCAUGCUCACAGUGGGGAGAGGGGAAAAGUGCAUGCGUCUGUGGAAUUUAGUUACAGGAAGGAAGGCUGGGGUGUUGAAUUUUGAUAGGAGGAUUCUCGAAUCGGUUUUAGAGGGCAAAUAUAGCAGUGGUGAAGGGCGACGGAUAUCGUGGGACUCGGAGGGAGAAGAAUUUGCUGUUGCAUUUGAACGGGGGGCUGUGGUUUUUGGAAUAGAUUCCGUCCCCACACAGGUAUUACUCCCAUCACCGCGAACAAAGCUUCACCAGUUGAAAUACAUCGAUGUGGACAUGGUUGGCGGGAAUAAACGUGGGAAAGACCACGGCCAAUCAAGCCGCAUCAAAGAUUUUGAAGUCCUGCCCGUGAAAGCUCAAGGAUGGAAUAACAAUAAAACAUUCCUAAUAGUCACCGCUGGCAGCGACGGUGCCGUGAAACUGUGGAUGCUGAAUGAGGCAGAGUUUCCAGCAGCCGUUGGAGAUCGAUUUCCUGGAAACAAAAAGGGCAGGUUGGAUUCAAAGGAGCUGAAAAAUGGAAUCCCAUCUGCCAGUGCCAGUACUGCCGUGGUUCAAGUUGGAAGACUUCUAGGCACAUAUGAAUCUAGCAACCGCAUCACAUGCAUGAAGGCAUUUGUUAUGCUGGCCCCUCCUACGGGUGACUUGGAUGACAGUGACUUUUCGGGGAGUAAUGAGGAUGAGGAUAGUAGUGGCUCAGACGGUGAGGAUUAA